GGGAUGGUUUUUGGCAGUAAUCAGGGUUGCAAUCAAACGGAUACUGACUGAGGCACAGGGGAGAAAGCGGGAUAGGAAAAUAUCUUGCUAUAAUUUCACAAUAAAGCGGGUCUACCCAGAGUCCUGAUGUGAUCAUCAUCCCUGAACAGAAACAUUGGCCUGCCCCGAAGUCAGUCCUCAACCAACUGUGGACAAUCUGGAUUGGAUAUCAAAGAUAUUCCGUCCUUAUCCCCGUUAUCUGCCUGCACUGGUAGACACUUUCUUUUUUCCCUCCCCGCCUGUUUCCAUUUUCUGAAUUGGUUGCCAUAUAUAGAUUUUCACUUUCUGACUUGUUACCUUCCUCUGACUGGACUCUUCUAUUCAGAUGUAUUCCCUGGCUAUCGUCCAUCUCACUGGGCUAUAACAUAUAUCAUUAAUGUUUUCAUUACGUUGGCAUUUUUACACCCCAGACCUGGUACCAUAGAUAUUUUCACCCUAGUCUGGCAGCUAGACUGCUCCACUAUACCCUGAUGAAUGAAGACCCCAUUCGGGAAGAGUGCGCCCGGCCAGAGAUCCAGAGCCGAUGCAGGACACACAGGUGUUUCUUCAAACAUGAAGAAAAAGGACUCCCACAAGAAACACAAGAACAGCAUGGGCCCCAACAAGGUGGUGUCGUCGUCUGCGCCGCGCCGGAACAUGGUGGGCUGUCGUAUCCAGCACAUCUGGAAGGAGGGGAGCACUGCGUCUCAGUCGCUGUGGAAAGGCAUGGUGCUGGACCAGGUGCCCGUCAACCCCUCGCUUUACCUCAUCAAGUACGACGGCUUUGACUGUGUCUACGGCCUGGAGCUAUAUAAAGAUGAGAGGGUGCAGGGACUUGAGGUGCUCCCUGACCGUCAAGCCUCCACGCGCGCCAGCGACGUCAACCUGGCCGACACGAUGAUAGGGAAGGCUGUAGAGCAUAUGUUUGAGACGGAGGACGGGACUAAAGACGAGUGGAGGGGCAUGGUUCUGGCACGAGCCCCCAUCAUGAACACCUGGUUCUUCAUCACCUACGAGAAAGACCCCGUUCUGUACAUGUACCAGCUCCUAGACGACUACAAGGAGGGAGACCUGAGGAUCAUGCCUGACUCCAGUGAGUACGAUGACACUCCGCCUGCAGAGCGGGAGCCAGGGGAGGUAGUGGACAGUCUGGUGGGGAAACAGGUGGAGUACGCUAAAGAGGACGGUUCCAAACGAACUGGCAUGGUUAUCCACCAGGUGGAUGCCAAACCCUCAGUCUACUUCAUCAAGUUCGAUGACGACUUCCACAUCUACGUCUACGACCUUGUCAAGACCUCCUAAGGCAACCUUUUACCCUUUGACCUUUUCACACUACUGAGCCGAAUCGAGCUGUACUGGGCUGGCCUGGUUACACGUACAUCCACCAUAGCUGAAAAGACUAUGCAAAGAUAUUUUAGAGGUGGUACAGUUUGGUUCAGGUCGGCACGGUAGUGUGAAAAGGGCACUGGGUCGCUGGGCCUAGAGGACAGGAGGUCUGUCUGGGGAGUUAAUGAUGGAUGCAGGAAAGACGAUGGUCACCACAUGGAACCUUACCUUAUCCACCAACUUUUCUUAAAUAUAUCUCGAACGUUUCGUGCAACAGCUUCUUUGAGAUGCGACAGACGGACAGCUGGAUUGGAUAUUUCACUGAAGCCUUUGGAUUGCUACUAAAGCAUCUAGUGUUCUAGAAUCUAAUCAGAAGAGGGGGGGGGUCACUGUGCAACUGAGUUAUUGGCCACUUGUUGUCUGAGAAGACUAUUUGUUUCUGCAACUGGCUAUCCCCUAUCAGAGUAAAGAUCUUAAGGAUUUGUUACAUAGAUCCCUUUGUAAGGGGAGGGACGUGAAAAAGAUAUCAGCGUUAUUUGAACACUGCAAAUUAAGUGCGACCUUUAAAGUUAAUUACUAUCUGGGUUUGUGUCCAUCUCAGAGAAUUGUUCAAUCCUUGACUAUGAUUAUAUUUGUUUGUUUAUAAUGUUAAAAGAUACACGACAACAUAUGCAGUGAGCAAAGGCAUUUGUUGAGGGACAUGACCAUUGUUUUAAUUGAAAUGUUUCUUUGUUUUUUUUCCAAUAACUUGUUCAUGUAUAUUCAUAUAUAAUGAUAGUUAAAUACUGAUGCCGAUAUUUGCAGUUUUAUCGUAAGCACUAAUUUCAAAGAAUCUACUCAGAAAACAUUUACGCAGUUGUCUUUAUAAGUUUUGCCUUUAAUAAUAAUUAUAUGUUGAUCAUCUCAACAAACACUAUUCAGAAUGGUUGACCAGUGAGAACGUUAAUCUGUAGUCCUGAGACUGAGUUUGUUCAUUAGGCCUUGCCAAAGCCCUCGACCCUUAUCAUUCAUUAUCCAAUCAUAAUAACAGCAAUAAUUAUUAUAAUUAUUCAGAUAAUACUUAUGUUUGUUAUUAUCGUUCCUGUAGUUAUAUGUUUACCUUUUGGGGGGGGGAUCAAGCAUAGUUUCUAUUUUUCAUUGUUAUACGUUAUUUAGAGACAUCUUCUUCACCUCUGUCUUUGUGUUAAACAGACUUUCUGUUUAAUUGGCAUAGUAACCUUUUAGUAAACUGUUUUAUCAAGCCUUUAAAAAAAAUAAAGACAGUAUGGUGAAAGCACUGCAAAGUAAGUAAAGUAUUUGGAAACUAAAACUCCACACCAGCUCCUCAAACGUGUUCUAAAUUCAGCAGUACCACUACAACAAUACUAAAGUGUUUCUAAAAUCUUCACACAACUGUUAAUUCACAACAAGUAUUCAAAACUUUAAAUGCAACACCCACUUUAUAGAGUGCAUGUUAUAUUGUACUCAAGGAAAGGUUACUAGACUCAAUUAGAUUUUUAUUUGCCUUAUUUUGUUGAAAUGAGCUGUUUCCCGCCAUUAUUUAAAGCCUAUAAUAAUGUAGUUGAAAUGUGAUAGCCGUUUCUGUCUUUCUCUGUGUGGGCGGGUGUGUGACAAAACAACAUUCACCAGAUGCCCCUAGUAGGCCCCUUUGGAAUGUUACAAUGGUUGUCAGAGAAACAGUGGGCUCCUGAGCACUCUAGAACCUCUGACAUACAGAUGUUGUUAAUUACUGUAGUAACGUUUAGUGUUCAUGUGACUGUAACCCCCCCUCUACACUCCUCUGCCUUACUACUCUUUCUCCAUGCCCUUCUUGACCUUUAGCAGUCCCAGUCUCUGAAGAGGUAGUAUAGUACUGAUAUUUUCAUUAGCCUGUGUAGUAACAGAACAGAUGUGCCGUUGUGACUGAUUUGCGAUUAGAUAAACCACUGCAUCUUCAGCUGAAGUGCCUGCAGAGACAUAUAAAGCCCAUUAGUUCUUUUUUUWAAAACAUUUUAUAACUGUUUUUCUUUCUUUGAUGACUGUAUGGCUGAAUGGUAGCUUUAGAAAUAAAACCUGAGAGAUUAUGUGUAUCGGUUAUAAUGAGGCUCAUAAUUCGAAGACCCCAUAAGGUACCGUAUAAACCUCUCUGUAUCUAAGAAGAUAAACACAAGUAUCUUAUGUAUCCUGUUGUAUUCCAAACCGCAAACUGACUUGUGUUUUAUGCAAGAUGUCACCUUCAGGAAAAUAAUUGAAAGUGUUUGAUGGAUUGGCAUCUCACACUGUGUUUGAUGUUGGUUCAUUUUGGGAUAAAAUAAAAAUAAAAGAGAAUAUGAAAA